UCGACGACGGACCUGCGUCGCUGCCGAUGGUCUUCGUUUGGUGCUUUCUGCCGCGUCGUGAAAUCGGAGUCCCAGCAAAGGAAAAGAAAUACACAGAGGGAGUCCGAGUGUGAUCUGAAGACGAACGAUUCAGCGUUGGAUUUGGGUGCCCUAGCUUUCUGAAUUCGGUAGCGUUUUCUGGUCUUUCAUGCCGAUCUGUUGAAUGGAAGUUGGGUAGAGAUGCUUGACGGACUCAGUAUAGCUGAAUAACGCGUCAGAGGACUGGUUCUGAUCUGAUCCUAAUUUUUCGAGUCCUCAGAAAAUAAAAGAAUUUAAUUUAAUUCAAUCAAUGGAGGGUGACACAUUCUCAGGGCUUGGCAAUGGCAGCACACAAAUUGAUGGAAAGGUUCUGCAGACAUUUCAGAAGAGCUUUGUGCAAGUGCAGAAUAUCUUGGACCAAAACAGGGUGCUGAUAAAUGAGAUUAAUCACAACCAUGAGUCCAAAAUUCCUGACAAUUUAAGCAGAAAUGUGGGUCUGAUCAGAGAGCUCAACAACAACAUCAGGAGAGUGGUUGAUCUUUAUGGUGAUCUCUCAAGCUCCUUCACCAAAUCCAUGGAUACUUCUUCUGAGGGAGGGGAUUCCAGUGGGGCUUUGAAGUCUGAUGGAAAAGCUGGGCACAAGAGAAUUAGGCCUUCUUAGAGAGAGAAAGUGAGAGAGAGAGAGAUUAUAAUUUGUCUUCCUAAUUCUUUUGCAUGUUGAGAUGGUAGAAAAAAAAGGGAGAAAAAUUGAUUAGAUUCUGUAAACUCUGCUGUAUCUGUUAGGUAAUAAUUUCCCUGAAUUGCUGUUUCGCCGUACGUCUUUGUAACUGUGGAUCUAAUUGAAGAGAAAAAAAAAAAAAUUAAGCUUGCUCGUGUAAUUUCAUUUCUUCCUAAUUGGUAAUAAAAGUUUAUUUUUGUCCUUU